CAGGGGAUGCCCCGAAUCUGGGCUACCUGAGGAGGGCAGACCUCGGAUCCUCCCAGGAGCCGUGCCUUCCUCACACACGCCCUCCCACGAUCGCCAUCAGCUCAGAGACCACAAGGAAGACGCCGCUGCCACCAGGGACUGCUCCCACCCGCAGGCCGCUGCCCUUGGCCUCGGGUCCUGCAGGCAGGGCCGGUCUCUAGCACCCGCGCCCCGCCCGCCGCCAGGCUCCAGAUGGCCGCUCCUUGCGCUCGACUUGCCGAGCCCCAGACGCCGCCCCGCAGCAGCCGGCAGUCGCUCCCUCCCAGCUGCUGCUGAAGAACCCGUCACUGAUCCGAGAGCCUACGCUGGGAUUGGGGCGGGACCGCCGGAGACCGAACGCGGGACGUCAGAAGUCCCCUGGCCUGGACUGAGCGCCCCGCUUUCCGCAGAACCUACAAGACUGACACCGACACCUCUUGACAUGGAGAUACACUAAUGUAAUAGGCAGGAAGGAACACUGGGUUGCACCCUCUCGGUUCCAGGUGGCCUUAUUUGGGCGACUCGGUCCUGACCUUAUUUCUGUGAUGGAGGAUUCAGGCAUCCAGAGAGGCAUGUGGGAUGGAGAUGCCAAGGCUGUCCAGCAAUGUCUCACAGAUAUUUUUACCAGUGUAUAUACAACCUGCGACAUCCCAGAGAAUGCCAUAUUCGGGCCCUGUGUUCUGAGUCACACUUCCCUCUAUGACAGCAUUGCCUUCAUAGCACUCAAGUCCACGGACAAGAGAACAGUUCCUUAUAUCUUCCGGGUAGACACUUCUGCAACAAAUGGCUCCUCAGAAGGUCUCAUGUGGCUACGGCUGGUCCAAUCAGCCAGAGAUAAAGAAGAACAGAACCUCGAAGCAUAUAUAAAAAACGGACAGCUGUUUUACCGCUCUCUCCGAAGGAUUGCCAAAGACGAGGAGCUACUCGUUUGGUACGGGAAAGAACUGACUGAGUUACUUUUGCUCUACCCCUCUAGAUCCCACAAAAUGAACGGGUCGUCCCCUUACACAUGCCUGGAAUGCAGCCAACGUUUCCAGUUUGAGUUCCCCUACGUGGCGCAUCUGCGAUUCCGCUGCCCCAAGAGACUUCAUAGUGCUGAUGCGAAUCCCCAAGACCAGCAAGGUGUCGGUGUGGGCACCAAGGACCACGUCGGCGGCGUUGGCAAAGAGCAGCAGCAACAACAACAGCAGCAACAACACCAGCAGCAACAGGAGGCGCCCUUGGUCCCGGGCCCCAAGUUCUGCAAAGCCGGUCCCAUACACCACUAUCCCGCGGCGUCCCCGGAGGCUAGCAACCAACAAGCCGCCGCAGGUGCGGGCAGCGCCAAACCGUCCACGGACUUCCACAACCUGGCCCGGGAACUAGAAAACUCCCGGGGAGGUAGCAGCUGUUCGGCGGCUCCUAGCGUCGGCGGUGGCCGCACCGGCCACCAGGAGGCGGAGCUGAGUCCCGACGGCGUCGCCGCCGGCGGCUGCAAAGGGAAGAGGAGGUUCCCGGAGGAGGCGGCUGCGGAGGGCGGCACCGCGGGGUUGGCGGGUGGCCGUGCGCGCUUCUCGGAGCGGCCUCUGGCCUCCAAGGAAGAGCUGGUGUGCACCCCGCAACAGUACCGCGCCGCGGGCAGCUACUUCGGCCUGGAGGACAACGGGCGGCUCUUCGCGCCACCCAGUCCGGAGACCGGCGAGGCGAAGCGCAGCGCCUUCGUGGAGGUGAAGAAGGCGGGCCGCGCGGCGGGCUUGCAGGAGGAGGCGGCGGCGGACGGCGCGGGAGGCACAGCCGAGGACCCCGACGCGGGAGGCGGUGGCGGCGGUGGUGGCGGUGGCUCGUCCACGCCCGCGGCCGCGUCGCCGGGGGUCGCCGAGAAGCUGCUGGCCCCGCGGCCCGGAGGUGCUCUGCCCGGCCGGCUGGAGGGCGGGAGCCCCGCGCGCGGUAGCGCCUUCACCUCGGUGUCGCAGCUGGGCGGCAGUGGCGGCGCGGGGACCGCGGGAACCGCGGGGACCGCGGGGGGCGGUCAGGCGGCUGCAUCGGACGAGCGCAAGAGCGCCUUUUCGCAGCCGGCCCGCUCCUUCUCGCAGCUGUCUCCGCUGGUCCUGGGCCAGAAGCUGGGUGCACUCGAGCCGUGCCACCCGGGCGACGGCGUGGGCCCCACCAGACUCUACCCGGCUGCAGCCGAUCCGCUGGCCGUGAAGCUGCAGGGGGCCGCGGACCUGAACGGAGCCUGCGGGCCCCUGGCGAGCGGCGGCGGGGGUGGCCUGCCCAAGCAGAGCCCCUUCCUCUAUGCCACUGCCUUCUGGCCCAAGAGCUCGGCCGCGGCGGCCGCAGCGGCGGCUGCAGCCGCGGGGCCCCUGCAGCUGCAACUACCCUCGGCGCUCACGCUGCUGCCGCCCUCCUUCACCUCGCUGUGUCUGCCCGCGCAGAACUGGUGCGCCAAGUGCAACGCCUCCUUCCGCAUGACCUCCGACCUGGUGUACCACAUGCGGUCUCAUCACAAAAAGGAGUAUGCCAUGGAACCCCUGGUGAAGCGCAGGCGGGAGGAGAAACUCAAGUGCCCCAUUUGCAACGAGUCCUUCAGGGAGCGUCACCACCUCUCCAGGCACAUGACCUCACAUAAUUGAUCGGAAGGACCCCGGCUUUUCACGCGUGUGCACGCACAGUCAAGCCACCUGCGGGAGCAGACACGCAAGGACAUCCACCACUUCCUUGUGCCCCCAAACACUGCAACUAAACACAUGCACACACAGGUCCUUCCCCUGGCCAGGGGCCUCAUCAUCCAAAUGUUUAACUUGGGACACACACGCACACGACAGGAUGGUGGGUUUUGGAUCGGGUGGGUUGUUUGAGGGGGUUUUCUUUUGAAUGCACGGAUUUUCACUUUCCCAAAAAAACAAAGGUACAUUUUAAAAAAUGUCAUAUAUUGCAACAUAUUGAUGCAUUUGCCAUACGUUUCUACUUAAAUUAUUAAGCACUUAUGGUUUAGAUGUAAUAACUCUAUGUAAGGACAAAAUUUAUUUUAGAUAUGAAGGAAUAGAGGAAGGUGAGAUGCGUUCUGCAUCUCCUGACGACAGCUGUGUUCUUACAAAAAUAAACAAAACAAAUAAAAAGGGGGUCACCGUUCAAUUUAAGUUUCCAGGGGGAAGUGCAUGUAUCAUGAAAUGAUUAUGAACUUCAAUGAAGAAUGUCAUCAAUUAUGUAAAUAUGUAUUUCCUUUUAAUACAAAGUGUAACUUUGUGGCAGUGAAAUGGAGUCUGGAUAGUUAUGUGUUUCUUUUAUCCCUAAAAGAUUUAUUAAACUUUAUAGUUUAUCCAGGUAUGUUGG